AUGCGGCUAGGCAGGUCCCCAGCUGCCAGCGCAGCGCUGUGCCUGUGUGAACCCACUGGGUGUCGCCUGGGGGUGGCAGGCAGCAGGCCGGCGCUGGGUUCUCAAAAUUCAUUUAUGGAAAUCGUAGUUCCAACGAAAAUCCAAGGAGAGACAAGUGAUAAUUCAGAAGUAGAAAAAGAACAGGUAUCUUAUGUAAUUCCAAUAGAUGAGAAACUGUAUACUGUGCACCUUAAAAAAAGAUAUUUUUUAGCAGAUAAUUUUAUGGUCUAUUUGCAUAAUCAAGGAUCUGUGAGUACUCAUUCUUCAGAUAUUAUGACUCAAUGCUACUAUCAAGGAUAUAUCGAAGGAUAUCCAAAUUCUGUUGUCGCACUCAACACAUGCUUUGGACUGAGAGGCAUACUGCAAUUUGAAAAUGUUUCUUUUGCAAUUGAGCCUUUGGACUCUGCCAUGGAUUUUCAGCAUGUUAUUUAUAAAUUAGGGAGUGGAAACAACGAACUUGGAGUUUUUAACAAAAGUAACAGAGGAACAGAAAAAUAUCCAGUGGUCUAUAACAUUAUUACAAAUGAAAAAGAAACCGAAUUACUUCCGGACUUAUUUCCUCUUUAUCUAGAGAUUCAUAUUGUGGUGGACAAAGCUUUGUAUGAUUACUUGGGCUCUGAGAGCACGUUAGUAACAAAUAAAGUCUUUGAAAUUAUCAGCCUUGUAAAUUCGGCAUUUUCUCAAUUGAAAGUUACUAUUGUGCUGACAUCAUUGGAGUUGUGGUCAGAUAAAAAUAAGAUUUCUACAGUUGGCAAAGCAGAUGAAUUAUUGAGUAGAUUUUUAGAAUGGAAGCAGUCUUACCUUACCCUAAGGCCUCAUGAUGCUGCAUAUCUAUUCAUUUAUAGGGAUUAUUCAAGUUAUGUGGGAGCAACAUUUCCUGGAAAGAUGUGUAUUACUCCUUAUUCUGCGGGAAUUAUACUGUAUCCCAAGGGCAUGACUUUGGAUGCAUUUUCAGUUAUUUUUGCCCAAAUGCUGGGACUCAGUCUGGGAAUACCAUAUGAUGAUCCAAUGAAAUGUCGGUGUUCAGAAGUCAUCUGUGCAAUGAAUUUAGAAGCCUUGCAAUCCAGUGGUGUGAAGACUUUUAGCAAUUGCAGUUUAAGAGCUUUUAAAAAAUUCAUUGAAAAUGUGGGGGCCAAAUGUCUUCAGAAUAAACCUCAAAUGCAGAAAAGUCCGAGACCAGUUUGUGGCAAUGGCCAAGUGGAGGGAGAAGAAGCCUGCGAUUGUGGUACUGCAGAACAAUGUGGACCUGCUAGCUGUUGUGAUCCUGCAAACUGUGUACUGAAACAAGGAUCGCAAUGUGAUUCAGGACCCUGCUGCACAAACUGUCAAUUGUCAGCAGCAGGUACUACAUGCAGACCUAUGGUACAUCCUGAAUGUGAUAUGGCUGAGGUUUGCAAUGGAAGUUCACCAAGUUGUCCACAAGACAUAUUUGUACAUAAUGGACAGACUUGCAAAAAUGAUAAGUUUUUUUGUUAUGAAGGAGACUGUCAUGAUCUGGAUGAAAAGUGUGAAAUCUGGUUUGGAAAAGGUUCAAGAAAUGCUCCAUUUGCCUGUUAUGAAGAAAUACAAAGUCAAACAGAUAGGUUUGGGAACUGCGGUGUAGAGAAAAACAAAAAAUUUAAGUUCUGUGGAUGGAGGAAUCUCAUAUGUGGCAGAUUAAUUUGUACUUAUCCUUUUCGAACUCCUUACCAUCGAGACAAUGCUUCUGUGAUUUAUGCCUUUGUACGAGAGAGUGUAUGCAUAACUGUGGACACUGGCGAUACAUUAAGAGACCCAUUUGUAGUCAGAAAUGGUGCUCAUUGUGAUACUGAGAGGAUUUGUGUAGAUCGUACAUGUGUAGAAUCAAGAAUGAUUAAGGAAAAUGCAAAGACCUGUGCACAACGGUGCUCUGGACAUGGAGUGUGCAAUUCCCAAGGUGUGUGCAACUGUUCUGAUGGUUAUCAGCCUCCAGAUUGCCAAACACGUUCCAGAAGAGCUUUUGUGACUGCAAAAAAGGGUUUAAUCAUGGACAAAGCUUCUGGGAAUGCUAUAAAGAACUGGCUUCUAACUUUCUACAUUGUUUCACCUAUUCUCAUCAUAGCAAGCAUAAUAGUUAUGGUGUGGAAUAGAUUGAAAAAGUGGUUUGCCAAGGAAGAGGAAUUCCUAAGUAACGAAUUCAAAUCAGGAGGAAGCACUCAUUCAUACCUCAGUAGAUCCAGAACAGAAACCAGCAGCCAAAUGGAUACUAGCAAGUAA